GCCAGUGUAGUCGCCAUCCGGCUUAUCAGACGCCCGCCAUUACUAUUCGCCUUGCCGAAGAACCUGGGGGCCCGGACAGCCCGGCUCUCGAGGCUCUCGCAAAUCUGGGGACUGCCGCUUCCCAGUCGGCAUGUGGGCACGGUAUUUUGCCUGCAUUCAUGGGUAGCCGACGCAUCUGCCGUCGCCUGCCCAUGCACUCGAUAUAAGGCUCGUCGUCGCCCUCGUCGUCGAUGCCCCUCUCUCAUCCAUCUGCAUUGCUCCUCCACUGCCCAAAAUGUCUACCAACUCCCGCUUCGACCCCAACUUCACCCCCUAUGUCGUCAACGCUAUGGGCCCCAACACCAACCCACGCGCUCGCGUGAUCUUGGGCUCGUUGAUCAGACACAUCCACGACUUUGCUCGUGAGGUCGAGCUGACCCCGGCCGAGUGGAUGAUGGGUGUCGAGUUCAUCAACUCCAUUGGCAAGAUCAGCACCCCCAUCCGCAACGAGUGCCACCGUAUCUGCGACGUGAUCGGUCUGGAAUCACUUGUUGACGAAAUCGCAAACCGCAUUGUCACCGAACAAGGCCUUUCUCCUACUUCCAACGUCAUCCUCGGUCCCUUCUGGUCUCCCAACGCUCCCUUCCGCAACCUCGGCGACAGCAUCAUCCAAGACCCCAACCCCAACGGCAAAGUCACAUACAUGCACGGUGUGCUCACAGAUAUGGAAACGGGUGCCCCCAUUGAAGGCGCCGUCCUCGAUAUCUGGCAGGCCUCGGCGAACGGCCAGUACGAUUUCCAGGAUCCCAACCAGACCGAAAACAACCUCCGCGGCAAGUUCCGCUCCAACGAGAAGGGCGAGUUCUACUGGUACUGCUACCACCCAACGCCCUACUCUCUACCAACCGAUGGACCUGCCGGUGUUUUGCUGAACGUGAUGGAUCGCUCGCCGAUGCGUCCGGCGCACAUCCACCUGAUGAUCACGCACCCCGACUAUGCCACCGUUAUCAACCAGAUCUACCCCUCCGACGACCCCCACCUCGACAUCGACUCCGUCUUUGCCGUCAAGGACGACCUGGUUGUCGACUUCAAGCCCAAGACCGACGACCCCAAGGCGCAGCUGGAUAUGGACUACCCCGUCAAGAUGGCUCUGAAGAAGCACCACCCAAACCCCAACUCUGCACCUCCAGUUUCGUCAUUUGAGCGAUUCAGCAAGUCUAGCAAGGAGAAGCUAUGAGGCUGCGAUUUUGGUUAAUGAUGAUUAUGUACAUUUAGAAUUUCCUGUUAUUUAGCAAUGAUCGACCUGCUCUGGGAGCAGUUUCCUACCGUUCCAACCGUUGAUCUGCAGUUUAUUGACACCACUUGUAGCUUUCCACCAUAAAUCCAGUUCGAUCGUUCAAGUGGCCUG